CCUCUUUCAGUCACCACUCUCAAUUCUCAAAAAAAUCAUUUCGCUUAAAUCCUUUGAAAACCCUAAUUUCUCUCUCUCUGUGAAAUUUCUCCGGCGAACGAACAUGGCGGAGUGUCCGAUGGAUCUCAUCCACGAUCUCUUCCUCCGUCUCUCAGCAGCUACGCUCGUACGGUGUCGCGUCCUCUCGAAGCCAUGCUUCUCUCUCAUCGACAGUCCAGACUUCGUCUCGUCUCACCUCAGUCGUAGACUCGAAACGGGAGACCAUCUCAUGAUCUUGCUCCGAGGACCUCGCAUGCUACGCACGGUGGAGCUCGACGCGCCGGAGAACGUCUCAGACAUCGACCACCCUUUGCAAGCCGGAGGUUUUACAGAGGUUUUUGGUUCUUUGAACGGUGUCGUCGGCUUAUUAAACUCUCCUGUUGAUAUGGCUCUGUUCAAUCCAUCGACCAGGAAGCUUCACCAUUUACCAAUUGAGCCUCUUGAUUUCCCAGAACGUCACAUCACUCGCGAGUAUGUGUUUUACGGUUUGGGUUAUGAUUCUGUGAGCGACGACUUCAAAGUUGUGAGGAUUCUUCAGUCUAAGCGUAAAGGAGGCAAUGAUAAUUUUGGUUACCCUGUUGAGAUCAAAGUUUUCAGCUUGAAGAAGAAUUCGUGGAAGAGGGUCUAUCUUCUCUUUGAGGUUCAGAUUCUCUUCAUCUAUUUCUAUUACGAUGUGUUGCCUCGCCGUGGAUUUGGUGUUUUAGCUAAGAAUCAUCUUCACUGGAUUUUGCCUCGGAAGCAAGGAUUGAUCGCUUUUAACACGAUAAUCAGAUUUGAUCUUGCCUCUGAUGAUCUUGGAGUCCUCAGUUUCCCACAGGAACUUUACAUAGAAGAUAACAUGGAUAUAGGUGUGUUAGAUGGCUGCGUUUGUUUGAUGUGUUACAAUGAGUUCAGCUAUGCAGAUGUUUGGAUAUUGAGGGAAUACGAAGAUAUAAAAUCUUGGACUAAGAUGUUUACGGUGCCGAAACCAGAGUGUGUAGAAUCUUAUGACUUCGUGAGACCGCUGCUCUAUUCCAAGGACAGGAGCAAGAUUCUGAUGGAGAUUAACAACGCCAAGAAUCUCAUGUGGUUUGAUUUGGAAAGUCAGAUUCUUACAACUGUUGGAAUAGAGUGUGAUAGUUCAUUCACCGCAGAUAUCCUCGUGAGUAGCCUUGUUUUGGGAUGUAAAGGAGAUCCUACUGAAGCUCAGCGCAGGAAAGAUCAGAUGAUGCAGAAGAGUAAUAAAAGGGGUGGUUUUCUGUCCAAGGGUUUCAAGCUGAAGUUAUGAGCAAAGCAGGGGAAACUUCUGAGCCGCCCAAACAUUAGAUCAAGGUGCAGUAGCAGUAGCAGUCCUAGGGGUAAAGGAAAUGGCAAAAUCCUAAACCCAUAUGCAGUCUUAGUACUCAUUAGCUUAACCUAUGUAACGUAGUAGGUCGUAAGAGAAGAUAGUGUUCUUCUAUAUAUAAGUGACUUCUAAAUAUGUAAACUCUUUUCAGUUUGGUCUGUUGCAAUUAGAUUUCGACUUAAAACACUUAAUCUCAAUCAAAAGUAAAUCUCGUUGCAAAUA